UAGUAUAAGUAUAGUGGGGUCAAAAGGUUACUAAAUCCUAAAUUAACUGAGGUGAAGAAUCCAAUCAUGGCGGUGUCAGGAGAAGGACGAGUGAAGACUGUCGAGAGUGACAGCAGCUUCCAGAGGGACCUCAUACAAGCAGGGGACAGUCUCGUCAUUGUGGACUUCUAUGGACCAAAGUGUGGUCCGUGUAUCGCCAUAGCACCCAAGUUUGUCCAGUUGAGUGGCAAGUAUCCAGACGUUGUAUUUCUCAAGUUGAAUGUUGAUAUUUGCCAUAACACUGCUAAGAGGUACGAAGUGAGUGCCACGCCCACUUUUGUGUUCUUCAAGAACAGAGAGAAACUCAACCAGGUGAAGGGUGCUGACAUAAGCGCUGUGGAGGGUGGUAUAUUGCAGCAUGUCGGCACUAUGUCAGGAGGGGGCGGGGUCUCAGCUAGUCAUGUGACCAUCCCCGGUCAGAUUUGCCUUAACUCUCUCUUGGACAAGACGCAGAGCGAGUGUUUGAACGAGGCUGAUGACCACGCGUAUAGCCAUGCCCUCUCCCCAGGCCACACCCACUUCCUGGAGUCGGACUGUGACGAGCAACUCAUCAUCUCCCUUACGUUCGUACAGCCAGUCAAACUACACACACUACAAAUCAGUGGACCUCAGAGUGGCCACGCCCCCAAGACAGUGCGCCUCUUCAUCAACCAGGUGCACACGCUGGAUUUUGACCAGGCAGAGCAAUGGAAGCCAUUACAAACCUUUGAACUGACGGCUGAAGACACGGGUCCUGAGGCUGUCAUUCCCCUGCACUAUGUCAAAUAUCAGAAUGUCCAAAACCUAACCCUGUUCAUCAAGGACAAUCAAGGCAAUGAGGAGACGACUAUAGUCCACUACAUUGGUAUCCAUGGUAACCCGAGAGAGACGACCAACAUGUCUGACUUUAAGCGUGUCACUGGAGAAAAAGGGGAAAGACACUAACAACAACCAACACCACAAUCAUAGACACUAGAGUAAUAAUAUAAUUAUACGUUGAAAUACAUGCGCUGAUCUACCGGUAUGUUGUUACUUAUUUAUGUUUUAUUUAUCUGAAUAAUUAAUUUUAUUAUCUUUUCAAUACAAUAAUCAUAAAAUUGAACAGAAUUGA